CUCGCUAUGUCGAUGAAGAUCACAUAGCCAUCAAGCCAAUGUCUCGGGAGUUCUUCGAGAUAAUCGACACAAUACUCAACUCUGAAUAUUAUACUCCAAUCCCCAUGAGGCGUUUUACCUGGUUCCUCCAAAAGACACCCUAAAUGAGAACAACUUAAGAAAAGAUAAGAUUGCUCAAGCUUGGCUAUGCUUCCUCACUGGUCAGAGGGUGAGAACCACCUUGUGUUCAACAUGUUGCCAGGAACUGCACCCGUGUUUGAUACCACACUCAGCUUGCAGCGUGGCAAGGUGAUUGUUGCUGGUGGAGGCUUUUCUUCCCUCACCUACCGCCGGGGCUAUGAUGUUUCAAUCCCUGUGUAUAAUCCAGCCCACCAGGACUCUCCCAUAGGAAGAAAACCAGUAGCAUCCCGACGCUGGCUGGUGGUGUCUUCGCAGGUAAACAUUCAUCGUGACUACCGUGAAGACCUGGAGGCCCAGCGUCUCGACAAGAAGACGCAGCCUGAUGACUUGCUUGUCUUAGACAAGUGUCAACACUUUACCAACCUGACAGUGAGGUGUCAAGGCUCCAAGAUGUUUGUCUACCCUGAUGUACUCAGAGUAAGUACUCUAGCAUGAUAAACAU